AUUCCUUUAACUCCCGAGUUCUCUUUGGAAUGAUAUCAUGACUUUAGCAUUCUUAUUUGAAGCUCUGUUCUAUUCUAUCCAAAUGAUUUGUGAAAAUUUUAUUUAACUUUCUCGAUUUCUUACACGAAGCUAUUUUGCAGGGAUCUGCAGAUAUGUGUUUAACUUAUUGUUCUGAAUCUUUUUCCAGCCUAUUACUAUUUACGUGUUCUAAAGUGGUUUACUGGAAAUCUGCUGACAUCUCACAUUCUUUUUCCAAUAAUACGUGCAGAAACUUCAAAGAACCUUCAAAAGAAGUGGUUGCAGAACAGGUUUGCAUUCAUGAUAGUUAUGUGGAGAGCAAGACUAACAGCACUUUUGAUGACCAUCGGACCUCUGAACUCGGUAGUCCUUGUGGGAUCAUUGUGAUGGAACUCGAUAUUCCUUCAGUAAUGGAAAAUGAUGGAAAUGUUGAAAAGGCUGAAGCGUACGCUAAGGAGCUUGAAGAUAUAUGCAACGUGCUGAGAAAGAAACACGAGGAAGCCAAGGAACUGCAAGUUAGAGCUAUUGUGAACAACAAUAAUCUAUUGAUGCUUAACCAUCCCAUUUACGAAGCAAAGAUUCAUAAAGUUCAGAAAUUUGCCGCAAAACUGGUGUUCAAGGAGCUUCACACAUGUUCAAGAUCGCCCACAGUUGUUAUAUAAAAAAAGCUUCUUAUAUGCAAUGACAGGUUGGGUUGCCUUAUUUUUCUUUACAAACUUAAAGUAGUGCAUGUAAAACUGUGGUUAUACUGUUAUAGCGAUGAUUUACUAUGUUGUUUGAAUAUCAGGAUCGUGUUUUGCUUUCUAUUCAGACAACAAGAAUCCACUACACGAAGGAUCAUCUGAAACCUAAAUGCGACGCUUCAGAGUUGAAUCAAGCCUUGAGUUUACAACUUCUUACUAGCAUAUUACAAGCUGUUCUUCUGUAGUCGGACUGCCGGUUCUUCAGAAGCUAGCAUGAGUUGGGCAUCUCUCUUUCAUAUUUUCCUUCCUAAAUAUAUAUACUAUGUUCUUAUUUGGACGCAAUCAGGUUUCUGACUUGAUUCUGUAUAUAAAUCUCCCGUCUGAAGUUCGUAUAUACAGGUGUUCUGGUUAUAUUUCUUCCUAAUUACUUCUAAAU